AUGGCUCCUCGCGCUGCACUGCGCUCAGCCAACAGGAGAUCGGCCCUCCUCACGCAGGCUAAGAUUGGGGACACACUGGAGGAGUUCCUAGUGGAUGCCACCAGCGACCCCAAGCUGCGCCAGGUCUUGAUGAGCCUGGCAGAGGCAGUGCGCACCAUUGCAUUCAAGGUGCGCACGGCGUCGUGUGGAGCGGCCAACUGCGUCAACACAUUCGGAGAUGAGCAGCUUGCAGUGGACCUGCUGGCAGACAAGCUCCUCUUCGAGGCCCUCAAGUUCUCUGGGGUGGUGAAGUACGCGUGCAGCGAGGAGGUCCCGGAGCCGGUGGACAUGCAGGGAGAGGGCUUCAGCGUCGCAUUCGACCCCCUGGACGGGUCCUCCAUCGUGGACACCAACUUCACCGUCGGCACCAUCUUCGGCAUCUGGCCCGGCAACAAGCUCACCGGCAUCACCGGCCGCGACCAGGCAGCUGCUGGCAUGGGCAUCUACGGCCCGCGCACGAUCUACUGCAUUGCGCUGAAGGACGCGCCAGGCUGCCACGAGUUUGUGCUGCAGGAUGACGGCAAGUGGCUGCACAUCAAGGAGACCACCGAAAUCGGCGAGGGCAAGAUGUUCAGCCCCGGCAACCUGCGUGCGACCUUCGACAACCCCAACUACGAGCGCCUCAUCUCCCAUUACAUCGGAGAGAAGUACACGCUGCGCUACACCGGAGGCAUGGUCCCCGACGUGUUCCAGAUCAUCGUGAAGGAGAAGGGUGUGUUCACAAACGUGACAUCCCCCUCCACCAAGGCCAAGCUGCGCAUCCUGUUCGAGGUUGCUCCCCUGGCACUCCUGAUUGAGAAGGCCGGCGGCCAUAGCAGCUGCGACGGCUUGUUGGUGUCCGGUCUUGAUGUGGAAAUCACUGCUCACGACCAGCGGACGCAGAUCUGCUACGGGUCAAAGGCCGAGGUGCAGCGCUUUGAGGAGUAUGUCUACGGCCAGUCCCCCCGCUUCGCUGAGGUGGAGGCCAACGCCUGA